CUUGAUCGACAAAAACCACCGUUGUCUUUUUGACUUGGGAUUCGACUCAGAAGUGAGAGAGAUCGAGAUUGGAUAAGAGGCUCGCGGAAAGGGCUGAGAAGGCGAUCUGCUCACUUCCUAUCCCGGCAUCCCAUCAUUGUCCCUCUGCCACCUGAUUCCCUCCGCUGGCCACCGAAGCGUUGGCGGAAAUUGGGGUUUUGGUGAGGGGAGCAGGCCAUGGAGGAUGGUAGAGGUGGUCGCACUAUGACUAGGGAUGGUAGCUUCAGCUCCUCGUUCCUCAUCUGCUUCUUUCUUGUUUUCCUUCUCGCUGUCCUGGUGUCUCCCGUCUCAGCUCAAGACUUGUCCUGCCCUGAUGGUUGGCUCGUUAGUCCUAGUAAGGAUAAGUGCUUCAUGCAUAUGGAUAGUUCUCUCCCUUGGGUUCAAUCAGAGACAGCCUGCCAGAGUUAUAAUGGUCAUUUAGCAUGCCUCACUUCAGUUGGUGAGUUGAAUUUCGCACAAAGCCUAUGUGUGGGAAGCAUUGGAGGAUGCUGGGUUGGUGGACGAGGUUAUAAUUCUUCACUUGAAUUCGUCUGGAAAUGGUCUGACAAUAUGUCUAGAUGGAACGAAUCUGUUUUCUCUAGCAAACCUUCUCAUAUCAAUUGUUCAAGUGAUUCGUGCAAUGGAAUCAGCCUGCCUGAUUUGUGUACAUUGAUACCUAAUAGUCGGGUUGCUCUGGUUGCUGAAAGCUGCAAUACAUCACAUGAAUAUAUUUGCAUGGUUGCUCGAGAAAACCAAUGUUCCCACAAGCUUUGUCAUAUGGAGUAUUUGAUUGCCCUUGCAGCUGUCAGUGGAUUAAUCCUUUUCAUCACUUUGGUUGUUGUCAUAUGGCUCUUAGUAUAUAGGCGAAGCAAGAAGCGUAGACGCUCUCGUAAAAUUUCUAGUCCUUCAGCAAUUGCAUUAGUUCCUCCAUCAUGGAAAGUAUUUACCAGUGAAGAAUUGAGAUUAAUCACAAAGAACUUCAGUGAAGGAAAUAGACUCCUUGGUGAUGCGAAAACUGGUGGAACUUAUAGUGGUUUCUUGCCUGAUGGCUUGAGAGUGGUUGUUAAGAGACUGAAGAGGUAUAGCCUUCAAAGGAAGAAGGAAUUCUAUUCUGAGGUUGGAAGGGUAGCCAAACUUCAUCAUCCUAAUCUAGUUGCUGUAAAAGGUUGUUGCUAUGAUCAUGGUGAUCGCUUUAUUAUCUACGAAUUUGUUGCCAAUGGACCAUUGGAUCGAUGGCUGCACCACAUGCCAAGAGGCGGUCGAAGCUUAGAUUGGGCCAUGAGGAUGAGAGUAGCUACAACUCUUGCUCAGGGAAUUGCAUUCCUGCAUGACAAGGUGAAGCCCCAAGUUGUACACCGCGAUAUACGAGCAAGCAAUGUCCUUCUUGAUGAAGAGUUUGGGUCUCAUCUGAUGGGUGUAGGCCUUUCCAAGUUUGUCCCCUGGGAAGUGAUGCACGAAAGGACAAAGACAGCAGGAACCUAUGGAUACCUUGCUCCAGAGUUCAUGUAUAGAAAUGAAUUGACAACAAAAAGUGAUGUUUACAGUUUUGGCGUGCUGUUGCUAGAAAUCAUCAGCGGCCGACGACCAAGCCAAGCCAUUGAAUCUGUGGGUUGGCAGACAAUAUUUGAGUGGGCAACGCCGCUAGUUCAGUCCCACAGAUAUGUUGAGCUUCUGGAUCCACUCAUUUCUGACAUCCCAGAUGUUGGGGUGAUACAAAAGGUUGUGGAUCUUGUAUAUGCGUGCACCCAGCUUGUGCCUUCUGUUCGGCCUAGGAUGUCGCACGUUGUGCAUCAACUGCAGCAGUUGGGUCUUAGAACAAUCUGCGAGCAGCCAAGAAGUGGUACAAGCACCAGCGCCACAUCACCAAUGUUGCCGUUGGAAGUAGAGUCACCUCGCUGAGGGUAAUCUACAUACUGUUUAUAAUUUAUCACGACUCAUCGCUUAAAGCUGCCUUAGGAGUUAAUUAUCACUUCACUAAGGUUACAUAGUGGUUACAACUUACAAGACUCUUGUCACUUACAAGCUUCUUUAGAAGUUACUUUUAUAUAUAUGCAGUGCUUUAAAUGUGAUAGUAUCUUAUGCUGUGUAUUAUUUUAAUGAUGCCAGCACUUAGUAUUUUAGAAAUAGCUUUGUUGGGCA